ACCCCAGGGAGGAACUUUUUCCUUCUCUUGCCCUCAGUUUGUUUUUUAAUACCGGAUGUGCAUGUGCCUGAAAGGAGCUGUUAGUUAGUGGAGUGCAAUUGUUCCUCCGCCUGCAGAGUGUGCCGAAGCCAGUUACUUUGGGGUGAAUUCAACUUACAACAGUUAUCUACGUGACAUGGCCUCUACAGUGAGCAACACCAGCAAACUUGAGAAACCUGUGUCCCUUAUAUGGGGGUGUGAACUGAAUGAGCAAAACAAGACGUUUGAGUUUAAGGUAGAAGAUGAUGAGGAAAAAUGUGAGCAUCAGUUGGCGUUGCGCACGGUGUGUCUGGGGGACAAGGCAAAGGAUGAGUUCCACAUUGUAGAAAUCGUUACACAAGAGGAGGGAGCGGAAAAAUCUGUUCCAAUUGCCACUCUAAAGCCUUCUAUUCUACCCAUGGCAACUAUGGUGGGCAUUGAGCUGACUCCUCCAGUUACUUUCCGGUUAAAAGCUGGUUCCGGCCCACUGUACAUCAGUGGUCAACACGUAGCGAUGGAGGAAGAUUACUCAUGGGCAGAAGAGGAAGAUGAAGGGGAAGCUGAAGGAGAAGAGGAGGAAGAAGAGGAAGAAGAUCAAGAAUCUCCACCCAAAGCUGUAAAGAGGCCUGCGGCUACCAAAAAAGCAGGCCAGGCAAAGAAGAAACUUGACAAAGAGGACGAGAGCUCCGAGGAAGACAGUCCAACCAAAAAGGGCAAAGGAGCCGGAAGAGGAAGAAAGCCGGCUGCUAAGAAGUGAACCUCUUGGAGGCUGUUCCUUGCCCCUAUUCCCUCCUGUGUAACUUGUUUUGUUGUUUAAAUAAAUAUAAAUAACUUUA